AUGUUUGUACCGUUUCCUUUACUUCGUCUUCCAUUUCUCCCAUUCGAGAAAGUCAUAAAAGGAAUGAGUCCUUUUCAAAUACUUCUGUUAUCCCUAUGCUCCAAACGUUCAAAGUCAAAAUGUCAAUUGAUGAAACCAGCCAAACUGUUAUUCCUCAAAGUGUAUCUUGGCGCAAAAGCCAGAAUAACAGUGAUGUUUGAAAAUUCGAAACGAGAAUUCCAAGUGGACACUGAUUGCCGUUUCAUCGCUCAUGACUUUUACUGGUACCAUAGAACGAGGUGGUUGCCCGAUCAUUGGAAUCUGAUUAAUUGUGUUUCAAAACCUUCUUCGGAUAAAGAAUUUCUGAAAUGGGUUGACACCAUCAGGGAGGUCUACAGUACUUCAUUGAAUAUAUUUGUUGUGGAGAGACCUUGUAACAAAGAAGUAAUUGAAUGGAUUGAGAAAAAGAAGCCGUCAAUCGAUGUACUGUUUUUCAAAUGCCACAUCCCUUUGAUAACAAUGCAGAGAAUUCUGAAUUGUGUCGAACUGAAAAAAGAAGUGAACAUCAGAUGUGGCGUGUCUCCACAGAUCUCUAUCUCGGGUCCAUCAGAGAUCAAUGAAUUGACACAUGUCACAAAUUCAAUGAAUUUCAGUGAUUUGUUAAAAUUAAAAUGCCCAAUUAUCAGGUCAGAGUGUACUGAUUUCUCUGAUACCGAUCUCAAUAUAUUCCUGAAAAACUGGAAGAAAAAUGGAGGAACCUUUGACGAACUGACAGUGAAUCGAUCCCCAAACUCGUUAGAUAUCGAUGAAAAUGUAGUAAUUGAAGGAUUGGAUGCUGAAUCAAUCGAGUACUCAAGAUAUGAAAAACCCGCAGAUCAAAACAUGAAGGUGUUUCAAGGAUACAGUAUUCGAAACAAUCAAGAAGAGAUUGCAGUGUUCGGUUUCUAUGGCUGGCAUAAUAAAAAUGUCAAAUUUAAAUUUUUUGUAUCUACUUCAGGCCUGUAA